UUGAAAAUCUAUUGUGUCUGCGAUUCCCACGAUCGAGGUAUAAUGAAAAAGUCAAGUCCUCAACAGUUGGAGACGAUGGUCACUUUCAUGGAAGAGCACGGUGAUCUCAGUAAACCCUCAAAUAGCGCCAAGGGUAGAAUAGAAAUGUUGAGAAGAUGGGAACAAUUAACUUCUCUAUUAAAUAGUAAUGGCACCGGCGACUCCAAACCCACAGAAAAAUGGAGAAAGGAUUAUCCUACUGUGAAUGUUGUUGAUGCUGCAAUAGAGAAUCAUGACUACUCUCAGGUAGAACAAAAUCAACUCAAUUUUACAAAACGUGGCAAUUACUUGAUCUGCGAAACUGAAAAUUCUAGUCCCGAAUCUCAGACUACGGAAGAACCUUUGCCAAAGAAAACCAAGUUGUCAACUGAUUCCCAGAAAACUUACUGUGACUCGCAAGAAGAAUUCCCCGAUUCUCAGCCUUAUGAUGAUAAUAUAAGUUAUUGCAAAGAAAAUGAUAAAUACGACGCCAAAGACGCUUUUAUCGCUAAGGAAAAAGAAUAUCAAUGUAACGAUUUUUUCGGAAGAAUAGUAGCGUUAGAAUUGGCAAAGUUUCACGGAAAUAUGCGAUAUAAUAAGAUGAAGGAAAUAUUGGAGAUUUUAAAGGAAUAAUUCUUAAUAUUUCUUUGUCUGCAAAUAAUUAUCCGCCUAGGUACAUAAGACUGAUAAAUAAUUAAAAAUGUUGAAAUUUGGGACCAACCCAGUACAUCACAUGGCCAUGUAAGCUCGCAACCUCUUCUCACUCUACAAAUAACACUUCCUAAAUCCUACACAAGAAAAUGAUACAGUUGAAGGUAGUGAAAGCAUGCACAAGCUUACAUCAAGACAACCCCAAGUACCUGCUCCUGAGGUAUAUCCUGCUUGGACUGGCCAAACCAUGCCUCAAGAAUCCCCUCGGCGACGUAUCAGAAGUUCCCCCCGUAGAGUUGCCAGGGGAUCUCCCCGGGGUCCAGGGACUUAGCCAAAGAUCGAGGAGAAGAUCACCAAGACAUUAAUUAGACUGGCUGACUGGACACACUGAGGAGGCUGCACAGCACUUUCUAAACUGAUUGGGAGUGGAGACAGUUUUAUUAAAAAAUUAACAUAGGGAUUAUAUUGAAAAAAGGAGAGAACAAAAUCUUAUCAGAGAGAUGGAAUUGCAAACCCAAAGAACUUGGCAAGCUGUUGCCAGGGCCCCCGUAAGGGCUACUGGCGCCUGUGUGCAAAAAAAUGGAUUUUG